UGUUGAACAUCACUACCUUAGUAACACAGAAACAUCGUGUGAAAUACUUUUGUUUAAUUAUUUCGCUAAAUUUAUUUUUUUUGAUAUUCGAACAUUUAGUUAUUUUUUUUAAGAGAAUAUGGUAUAGAUUUGUAGAAAACGAUGGCAUUUUUAUGUCCUGUGAGGAUAAGAAGGGGAAAAAAGAAGAAAUCGAGCAGUGGCGACUCGGAUAAGGAACUCUCUAGACCAGGAUCUGGCUUAAGUCCUGGCAUGGGCCGAAUUACGGGCUCCGCUAGUAUAGAGACAUUAGUAAGAGUUGGUAUAGAAAAGGAACAUGGACUAAGCCCUGACUCUAAGAUGGUGGUGCUACACGAUUUUGCGCCUUGUGUUGAUGAUGAACUUGAGGUAAAAAGAGGACAAAUUGUUAAUGUGCUGUAUAGAGAAAACGAUUGGGUGUAUGUGAUAGUAACUGAAUCUCGAAGAGAAGGCUUCAUUCCACAUUCAUAUUGUGCACCCUGUGAUCAUCACGAUUUGAAGAAAAAGCUGCCCCGGAGUCGUUCACCAACUGACUUAGCACAUAGAGAUGUUUCACAACUCUCUUUAUCUGAUGGUGCAACGAAUGAUGGUCACUCGGAACUUGGCAGCGAAGGUGAAGCAUGUCCGUUCAGCAAGGAUCCAUCUGGACGUUAUGUUGUACUUUACACAUUUACUGCAAGGGAUGAGAAUGAUGUAGAUGUUGAAAGAGGAGAAUUUGUUACAGUUUUAAACAGAGAAGACCCAGAUUGGUAUUGGAUAGUCAGAAGUGAUGGUCAAGAAGGCUUCAUUCCUUCGGGCUUCGUGUAUCCUGCUGUUGUACAACCACCACAGCAAGAUACGACACAGGGACUCCAUUCGCCUCCAACAACAAACUCAAAUAACACGAUGAUAUCAAACAACAAUAACAGUAUCAACAAUUCAACACAACAAGACAAUGAUGGAAGGUAUCAUGGAACUGAAUUAGUCAUGCUCUAUGAUUAUAAGGCACAAGCCCCAGAUGAUUUAUCAGUGAAAAGAGGGGAAUGGGUGUACGCAGACCUGACUCAACAGACCGUCGAGGGCUGGCUGUGGGCCCACGCGCCCAAGUCGCGGCGCUCGGGGUUCAUCCCCACCGCCUACGCGCGCGCGCCGCACACCACCGCGCUAUAGCGACCCCCCCCCCCCUUCCCCCUCCACACAUGCGAUCUAUAUAUAUUUUAUAAAGUUGUAGUUUGCAUGUAUAAUUAGUUUUUUUUUUAAGAAAAUUAUAAAACAUAAAUUGAUGAUUAUAUUAAGAAGCGGAACACAAACAUCAAUUAAUUUGGCAAACUGUACAAUGCUGCCUCUCUUUAUAAUAGUCACUAUGGACUAACUAAGCAAGUCAUUUAAUGAUUUUUUUUAUAUUGUUUCUAUGUAUGUAUAGUGUAUUUUAAUAAUGAAUAUGCCAUUCCUUCAGAGUCUGUUUACAUUGUCGCGGGAAGCGAAUGCGUAUGUUCGUAG